UCACGGCGAAGACACAUGCGCCGGGGAGCGGCGGUGGAGGGGAGGAUUGCCCGCCGCGCCGCCCGCCGCGGCCGUCUUCCUCCUCCCUCCAUCUCUCCCUCGGACCCUCCCAAUGGCGGCUCCUCGGCGCGGAGUGCAGCGAGCAGGCGCAGCAGCUUUUGUGUGUGGGCGACCGCCGUGGGGCUGCACAAGGCCGUCUCCCGCAUCCCUCGAGGGCUCCGACGCCAUCGAUGAUCGCCCGCACCACCAACCCCAACUCCGGCGACCGGCCACCGGGCCACCAAGUGCAUCUUCGAGCUCUACCAUGAUGGCAAGGCCCGGCGCUGUGAAGAAUAUUGAAAGCUGGGACGAGUUUACAAAGCAUUUUGUGAAAUCAGAGGACAAGCUGGUGGUGCUGGUAUUCAUGGCGCCGUGGUCGGAGCCGUGGAAGCUGAUGAGGCCGGCGGUGGAGAAGAUGGCGUCGGGGCUGAAGAGCGAGGAGGCCGAGGUGUGCACGAUCAGCGUCGACCGGUUCAACACGCUGGGGCGGCUGCUGCGGGUGGAGGCGCUGCCGACGUUCGUGCUGGUGAAGAGGCACCGGGCGGUGGCUCGCGUCGUCGGCGUCAACCGGGACGAUCUUCACAGCAGCAUCAACAAGCACCUCGCACCACCCUCUUCUUCUCCACAACCCAUUAAUAUUUCUUAGUGCUGUUGAUGAUUCUUGGUUGAUUGCAUGAUAUAAUCGAGUAAUGCCAUGCGUCUUAAUUAUGAGUUGUAAUUGUUUAUCACAUACUGUAUUUGAGACAUAUUCAACCUUGUUUCGAGAAAAAAAAAUGGAGAUGAAAAAAAAAUCUAUUCAUACUUAUAGAUUUUCUUUGAAGAAUUUGUCUUGAUAGGGUUGACACGCAGUUAGCACGAGAGAACUUCCGUAGCUUGCCUUCUGUACCUGUAUGGCUGUAUCGAUAUGUAUGCGUGUCUUCUACGCAGCUAAGAUAUGAAAUAUAUCAUAUGAGGCUGUGGAGAAAUUGACUAAUUUAUACUCCUACGAGAAAAAUAAUUAAUGCUUUCA